GUGGCCCAUGCCCAGGUGCGGGCCCGGCCGGCCCCCCAGAGCCUCGCCGAGCAGCCCCCCGCGCGGUAGUCAUCGUCCAGGCCAGCUGAAGCCCCGUGGGCACGCACCCCGUCGUGACCGUCCACUUCCAGUCAGCCCCUCUCCGAUACCAAGGGUCACUCAGGCAGGCCGGCCGGCGCGUCCCCCCGCACCAUGCGCCCGGCAGCAGCCGAGCGGGGGGCCUCCUUCACCUCCUCGUGAGGGGGCGAGAGGGACCGGCGGGACCCCGGCUGCACCGCUGCGCCAUGUCCCGACCCCGACCGAUCGCCGUGCCCGCGCGGUCGGGGCGCUGACGCGUGGCGUGGCAUGGGGUGCGGCUCGUCCAAAGGCUCCGUGGUGCCCCUGGAGGCCGGCGGGGACGGCGCCGCCUCCAACGGUAACGCCCGCGCCCUGCGCACCGGGGGCGGCACCACGGGCGGCGCUCGCGUCCCCGGCAGCGGCCAGUCCCGGGGGCUCAGCCGCAGGCCGUCCGAAACACCGGCAAUCCAAGGCAGGGACCCCCCGGAGGAGGACCUUCCCAAGGAUCUGCCCGAGCUCCGAGAGAUCGUGCGAGCCGCGGGCGGCAAGAACAUGGCCUUUGAGGUCCCGUUGUCCGACGACAAGCCACGGCCGCUGGCGCCGGGGCCCUUCGAGGACACUGACUCUGGGGCGCGCCGGCCGCCUCGCCGCCUGCAGCGCCUAGAGGACGCCCCGCUGCCGCCUUCGCAACGCCUCACGCACCAGGUCCUCGACGAGCGGCAGGAGGCCGCCGACGAACGCCGCCUGCAGGUGAGCUCGAGCUGGGCCCUCGAGCUGGGCCCUCGAGCUGGGCCCGGGCCUCAGCCUGGGAGGUAG